AUGGGUUACAUCAGUUCCCUGGAGAGGAAGCCGGCUGAGACGGCCGGGGAGGGGUCUGAGCUGGAACACGGCCUCUGUGUGAUUGUGGACAGCUUCUACAGCUACGCCGAGGGCCCGCCUGGAGCGAAGGCGCUGGACCAGGCGGCUUUCCAGAACCUGCUCAGCAACGAGCUGAGCCAUCAGCUCACGAACACAGAGGUCGAGGCGGCCGUGAUGCGCACGUUUGAGAAGUUAGAUGCCAACAAAGAUCAGAAAAUCUCCUUCGACGAGUGCUGGCAACUCAUCGCCUGGAUUUGCCAAGUGAUCCGGCGCCGCGAUUAUAACGAGUAG